AUGUACGAAGCCUUCAAGAAUUUUUACGGUUGGCAAUACUUCCAAUACAUCAUACAAGGUGUAUUUUUAGAGUUGUUUACCGCCAAAGAAUCAAUCCCAAAGUACAUAUUCAUCGGGACAAAACACAACAAUUUUUCAUUCGAGAUACAAGCAAAAAACGAUGUGCAUGUUGGACUGUUUACAGUACCAGAACCAAUACCACCAUGGUACGAAAUCGUCAUUGGAUCUUUAAACAACACCCAGUCACUGAUAAGGAAGGAUAAAGUUGGGUUUGGCUCUGAAGUAGUGACAUCGAACACCAGUGGGGUACUGGACUUGAAAAAGUGGAACAAAUUUUGGGUGAGGUUCUCCAAAAAUACCAUUGCUUUGGGUAUGCAGCAAGAAAUUGACCCAUUCAUCUCCUGGAGGGAUUGUAAUGGCCUCCCAGAUACCAAUGGGACUUGGAAGAUCAACAUACCAAUAAAAAAAGAUCCAAAGAAGUCUAAAUUAUGGCUGUUUGGGUGA